AUGAGUAUUGUAUUGUCGUCUUUAAUAAUUAGACUUGCAGUAAGGCGUUCUAAUACAAUCCUUUUACGCUCGCGGUUAGCUAUUCAAUUUCCAAUACACUCGAAAAAUCCGCACUCGCUUCCGAUCCGCAAUCGCUUAUACCGACUAAGACUGAAAGGCUAUAAGGAGGCCCACCUAAGCGAGCCGACGAUUACUCUUCGUCUUCCUAUCCUCUUCCGCGUUUGUAUUUAUUUUUUCUCGAAACGAUACAGCAUCCAGUGCCGUGUCGCUUGCCGGAGUCCUUUGAGUAGAGGCCUUGGCCGAGCACUCCUCCUCCGGCGAUACGUCGAUGUACCGAUCAAAUCUCGAAUUCGCAUCGCAGUGUGUGGUUUCAGAUUCUAUAUCUGGAUCUGCAUGAUCAAGCCGUCAAGACUUGAAGAGGCAACGAACGUCCGCUUGCGCCAGAAUAGAAUCGCUCGUGCUUCUCCUCAACUGAGCGGACGAAGGUCCGCCAGAGUCCCAACUUCAGAGAGAUCACACUCCUCGCUAUGGUUGAAAGCUAUUUUUGGACAGCUGUCAAUGGUCCGAGGACCACCAGCAGCAGUCUCGCUCAAGAAAUGUCGUGCAAACCUACGAGGGGCGGCCACAUAG